AUGGCAAUGCUAGCCCCCAAGACCGCCGCCUUCCCGGCGCCCCUGAACACCAACAACCCCAUGGUGUCCAGCGUCUCGACCGGCGGUAUGCCGCCUUCGAGACGCGCACCCACGAUUCCGAACCAGACAACCUCCUACGCCAGUCCCACAGAGUCCGAAUUUUCAGAGAGCGACGGUCCCGACGCUGUCAAGAACUGGGAUGAGGAGAAGGUAUGCGACUACCUCCGCGGCGUCAAGUGUGGCGAGUACGAGAAGCUCUUCCGCAAGAACCACAUCAACGGCGAGAACCUCCUCGAGCUUGACAAGGAUGUCCUCAAGGAAAUGGGUAUCGAAAAAGUCGGCGACCGCGUUCGCCUUUUUCUUGGAAUUAAGAAGUUGAGGACCAAGGCGUACGCAAACCAGAAGAAGCGGAAUAGGGUAAGGCCACCACCAGUGUGCAUCGUGACCUGUAGCGACCGUCUAACCGUUCUCAAGGAUUCGUUUGGGGGCCUCGAGCAGUACACCCCGUCCUCGGGCGGCUCUCCGCGGCCGUCCGCAUCCAGUGCCCGCACCAUGCCGACGCCUUCCAUGAACAAGCGCUACUCGAGACAGUACGACUCUUUGCCCAUCGGCGACACCUCGUCUUCCCGACCUACCUCGCCACUUCCCGGCUCCGACGCCAUCCGCCCUCUGCGUCCACGGUAUGGCCAAAGCCCCGGCUAUGUGAGUAACGCCGGGGCGUCCGUCCCCUCAACCGGCCGAUUGGUAACUUCCCAUACGAGGAACAACUCCAGUAUGGAUGGUUCACUGAUGGCUGGCUUACCGCAGAAUCAGGACGUCAUCCGCGUCAUUUCAACAGGAGGCGUCACCAAGGUCGUCAAGAUUGCCGAUUGCAACACCUGCGAGGAGGUCAUGCGAGUUACCCUAAGGAAGUUUGCUCUGAGAGAGGACCAUGAGAGGAAUUACUGUUUCUGGGUCCUGGCUGGCAUCGAGCCGGACCCCAACCAGUGCAGACGGCUGGGCGACACAGAGCUGUGGCGCAUCAUCAAGGACCAAAAACGACCCGAGCGAAACCGUUUGAUCCUACGCCGCGUGCCUGCUGGCGAGCCUGGGAUGCCCGAGCUCGAGAGGGCGGCGGGCAUUGCUAUCGAGGAGGCCCAGCAGAACCACAGCCGCGCCCUUGAGACGGUCGAUAAGAGAAGUCAGAUGAAGGUGCAAAAGCUUCUCGGCGAGAGAUGGAACGAUGAACUACAAAGCCCUCUUUCGCCCGUGUCCUUCCGUGACCGGGAGCGGAACGUGUACAACACCGCUAAGGAACUCGAGCGACCUGCAUCCAACGACGGCCCUAGAUCGGCGGGUCCGCGGAGGAACAAGGGUAUUCUGCGGUCAUUUGGCGGUCUGCGACCUCCAAGCGAGCUCAUCGCUUCCGACCUCACAUCCUACUUCCCUGACCACCCCAGGGAGGAGAUUGACCGCACCGCUCGCUUGUCUAUGAGAAGGUCAACACGUUUGAGCAAGGUCAACAGUCGACUCAGCGUGGCCAGCAACCUCAGCUUCGCGUCCAGCAUCCAAGACGCCCCUCCAAUUCCCACCAUCGCCGACAGCUGGCUUAAUGCAUCGAACAACAUGUCCAAGCCGCGGUCUGGUCUGCGUGUCACGCAUGCCUUCCGCGACUCGGUUGCCUCUUCCAUGCUCGACACCCUUCAGGAGGAGUCUCCGGUGGAGCCAAACCGCAAGUCAUACGUCUCCUUUGCCGACAGCUCCGACGGUGCCAGCGCUGCGGCUCUAAGCGUAACCGACCCCGAAGGCAACGUCACAAGGCGGAGCUAUUUUGAUGCCGAUGGCUCGACCGGAUCUGGGUCUCUCAAGGAUCUCACACAAGCCCUCAACGAAGAUGGGGAAGACGCAGACGAGGAGCUCGAGAGCUUCCUCGCGGGAGAAUCCUGGUCCGACGACAAGUGGAUGAAGGGAGCCAUGAUCGGCCAGGGUUCUUUCGGCUGCGUCUACCUCGCACUUCAUGCCGUGACCGGUGAGCUGCUGGCUGUGAAGCAAGUCGAGGCUCCUGCCCCUGGUGCCAACAGCCAAAACGACGCACGCAAGAAGAGCAUGAUUGAGGCCCUUAAGCGGGAAAUCAGUCUGCUCCGCGAUCUGAGACACCCGAAUAUUGUUCAAUACCUUGGAUGCAGCUCGUCGUCGGAAUACCUCAAUAUUUUCCUCGAGUACGUUCCCGGAGGCUCAGUGCAGACGAUGCUCAACUCAUACGGCGCCCUGCCCGAGCCUCUUGUCCGUAGCUUCGUCCGCCAGAUUCUCACUGGACUGUCGUACCUUCACAACCGGGACAUCAUUCACAGAGACAUCAAGGGUGCCAACAUCCUUGUCGACAACAAGGGUACUAUCAAGAUUUCCGAUUUCGGUAUCUCCAAGAAGCUUGAGGCGUCCAACAUCCUGAGCGGUGCCAACAACAACAAGCACCGCCCCUCGCUUCAAGGGUCUGUCUUCUGGAUGGCGCCUGAGGUUGUGAAGCAGACAUCCUACACCCGCAAGGCCGACAUCUGGUCUCUCGGCUGCCUGGUCGUCGAGAUGAUGACAGGCACCCACCCUUACCCCGACUGCAGUCAGCUACAAGCCAUCUUCAAGAUUGGCGGUGGCAAGGCUGCACCCACGAUCCCGGAUCACGCGUCCGAUGACGCCAAGACAUUCCUUUCACAAACUUUCGAAAUCGACCACAACCUGCGCCCGAGUGCGGACGAGCUCAUGCUUAGUCCCUUCCUUACGCCCAUCACAUAA